UGGGCUUCCCAGUUUACCCCCAACAAUUACCCAAAUGACGUCAUCCCACCAAAACAACAACAACAAUCUAAAGGCGCACAAUAUUGUCUCUGGCUAACUGGUUUUGUCAUUUCAGUUAUUGGUAAAUCCUAUCAAAAAGGCAUCUAUGCUGCAGAAAAAUAA